UCUUGACCGAUAGUAUCACCGGAGUAAUUUCAGCCGGACUAAGAAGGACUUGAUAGGAUAAUAGGUAAAUAAUCCCUGAGAUCGUAAUCGAACUCCGGAUUACCCCGAAUCAUCUUUAGCGAUAGGAAUAAGGUACUACUAGAUUACGUAGGUAUAUAUCAAGACUUAUAUAUAAAGGGAUUAUAACUACCUGGGUAUGUAAUACGGUUAGGCUGUUUACUAAAUCGGCCUUCACCAUUUUCGUACGAUAUCCACUUGAUCACCGGCUAAACUGAGAUACGUGCGUUCGACAGGGAUCUUGUCACCUUCAAAAGAGUCUACUUCUAGAACAUUUCGAAUAGGACCUGCCGGGAUCAUCUCGAAUCAGCCGCAAGUCGUUUUGUUAUACCCGGAGGAGUACAAACGAUAACCGGUUUAAAAGAUAGACGGGUUUGAACAUGGCUACUGUAGAGAACCCGUUUCGGAUCGUAAUUGUCGGAGGCGGACUCGUGGGUCUCACUGCAGCACAUAUCUUAUCCAAAACGGACAUCGACUUCGUUAUACUUGAACGACAUGAGAAUUUGGCACCCGAGUUUGGCUCGCUCCUGAGCUUGUGGCCGCCGACAUUUCGCAUCUUCGACCAGUUAGAUCUGCAAGAUGCGUUAGAGCCCGUCCUCAACCCUAUCGACCGUGGAGUUACUCUGUCUGCCGACGAUGGGUCCAUAUUACUAUCGUGGGACGCCGGAGACUUGAUCAAACGAAACCACGGGUACGGAAUCAAGGUUACUCAUCGCCCGCUCUUCCUUGAAGCCUUAUAUCAGAGCCUACCUGACAGUGCGAAAGCACGAAUCAAGGUCAAGAAGCACGUCGUCAAAGUGAACGUGUCAGAUGAUGGGGUGGUCGUCGAGUGUGCCGACGGUACCGUGGAAAGGGGUUCUAUUGUGAUAGGUAUAGAUGGCGUUCACAGCAGGGUCCGUCAAUGCAUGCAGGCGAUGGAGGAGGGCAGGGCAGCUCCUAGCAUAUCGGAAACGACCAAGAGUCCCUAUGUCACUACAUUCAGGAUGGUCUUUGGAAGCAUACCUAUCCCGCCGACGUUACCAAAGAAUGUCAAUCACGAAUGCGCGUCAGGACGUGUAUCGACUCAGAUUCUCACUGGUAACUCUCAAGUAUGGUUCGGCGUGUACGAAGCGCUUGAUAAACCUACGUCAGAACGCAUCAAAUAUACCGAAAAGGAUAAGGAGGAUGCCAUACAGAGAUGGGGACAUCUGUAUGCCGCUCCCGGCGUGAGAGUGCGCGAUAUUUUCGGCCUACAGAAUGGAAACUUUGGUAUGAUCAACUUGGAGGAGGGUCGUGUAGACAAGUGGUAUUGGAAUCGCAUCGUCCUCGUGAGUGAUGCUAUCCGGAAACUAGAGCCUCAUGCCGGAUUGGGGUAUAAUAGCGGGUUGGCCGAUGUAGUCGUCCUCGUAAAUAAGCUCCGACGCUUACUCGAGACUACUCGGUCACCCGAUACGAAAGCCUUAGAAGCGUUAUUCGCCGACUACCAGGAGGAGCGGAAAAGGGAUGAGCCAGUAGUUCAUGUCAUAUCUAUGCGUCGGGCCCGAAUUCUCGCGUGGCUCAGCCCAAUGGAUAAGAUCAUAACCAAAUACCUCAUCCCCUACACUAACUUUGGAGAAUUCAGCACAAACCGCAUAUACGGACCAGUCGUCUCCCGAGCUCCUGUCCUAGAUUGGUUGGAGGAGAAGUCCAAUGCUAAAAAGAACGUGCGGAUACCUUACGUCCACCAUCCUAUGGUCAAGGGGGAGAAGUCAAAGAAUGCGUUAUCAAGGAACCAUAGCUACUACAGUCUAUCAAUCUAUAUCGGAGCGAUCAUCGCGGCUGCUCUUACUGCAGUGGGACUCCAGUACUACCAUAGGAUCUUGACAAUGAUAGGGUCCAAGGCGACCUAGAAAUGUGAAGAUAGAGAGCCUUUUCCUUCUCAUUUCAUACCUAAUAUAUAGAGGAGGGACGGAUGUAGUAGGUAAUUGCAGAUAGUUCUAACUCGAGAUAUAUUCAUAACAUUAAUACAUUACAUUAGACAUUAGAAAAGGGGCCUUGGAAGAACGGAAGAUAUGAUCUUGCGAUCGAAAAUUUACCUAACUCGGACAUAGCCAAAUAAAUGAAGCAGCGGACUUAAUUAACAUUAAGUUCUCAGAUCAUGUUAAAAGUACAUGGGCGUCGAAACGGUGCGGCCGUAGCGAUCGAAGUGAAAGUAAGGGCUCGAGCUUGCUGAUCCAACGAACCUAGAAUCCAAUAAGUAUAUCAA